AUGGCAAUAGUUUUUCCGAAUAAGAAAAAACUACCGGACAAUUUUGCGCCCCGGAAAGCCAUCCAGGACGCAAAAAAUAUAAUCGGAUCGGCAUAUUUUGACCCAGCAUUGUUGGAGUGUUCAAAAAAUGCUGUUGAGCUUACGAAACUCGUACACAAGUGGGAUGAGAUAGACAAAGAAAGACACAAAGUUUUACGCGAUAUUGACCGCGAGCAACGUCUUCUUGCACGGUCAGCACUUCAUUCGUUUGCGUCGUCGAGGAAAAAUGAGAAACAUACCAAAAGUAAUGUAGAUUUUAUUGCAACAAAAGAAGGAAUAGAAACACUAGACGGAACUGUUGUCACCCCCGGGUUCAGAUAUACGUCACAGGGAGAAGUAAAGCCGUCUUCAACUGCGCUGCCACUCUGUCACCUUGACUCUGACGACGAUGAAAAAUGUGGUGAUCGUCCGUCUUCAUCUCUUGAAUACGACGGAAUUGACUAUGACAGAGAAAUCAACGAACUUCAGACUGUUUUGUAUGACAUUUGUUCCGAACUUACUAAGAAUAAAAUCAAAAACGGGCCACAAAGACAACAAACCACACGAACGUAUCUUAGGGCCCACUCAACGGAUUACAGCCCGACGACGACGUCGUUGACGCACGAUCAGUCUCCGAAUUCAAGGUUUGCAUUCAAACCAGGUUCUUCAGUACGCUUACAUCAGAAAGACGUUCACACGCCAUCGCAUCGCACUUGUCUCGGUUGUCAAUUUAAACUCAAGCAACACUGCGAAAAUCUUACAAAACUACGUAAAAAGGAGGGCACCAAUGCCGUGCUUAAUCGUAGAUGGAGCUACGUUCCGACCGGAAAAUACGUUCAAUCGUCAACGACAUUGGCGUCGAUGACGUCAAUAUCGCAGUCGUUGACGAUGUUUAAGUAUGUGCCAGAAUCUACAGCGAGUUUGCACAAAAGGAAAUCCGCGUUAACGUGUCGGAGUGCUGAUCUAGCUAGCAGUAUAAGUUUAAACAAACAACGACUGUCCGUUGUACAUUUCAAAACAGACGAUACGGAUACUUCAAAGAACACUACUGUAACUAAAAAAUAUGACAAAGAGAGAAAAACAUCACUGCAGUUAAAGACACGCAUCAAAUGCACGUCGGCUCCGUGCCCCUCAGAACUGUACAGUCGGAGCAGCACGCGAUCUGUUGCUAGUGCAAGGGGCGCAAGGGGUGGUUCGAGGGCGGGGUCGGGAUUCGAACUGGCCUGUGGGAGGAGUAUUGAUUCACGUCCGUCGAGUCGGUCCAAUAGUCUUGGAGCCCCACGGUCCGUGUCCAGUCUAGUAACGGAUUAUGACGCCAGACUCAGCUUUCUCAAAGAUUUCCAGGCCGAUAAGGAUGCAGAGUGUAACGAAAAGGUACACAAUUUCCUGAAAUCGCUACCAACAUGA